AUGGCGAGCGCCGCUCUCAACUUCAUCACCUUCAACCAGGAUCACAGCUGUCUUGCUGUUGGUGAGUCUGCCCGUGUUCUCGUCACGCACCAGGAGCUGAUGCUUGGGCCUCUCAAGAUAUUCAGCAGCGAUGAUGGCAACGUCUCCAUCAUCGAGAUGCUCUUCUCCACCUCGCUUGUCGCUCUCAUCCUCUCCCCGAGACAUCUCAUCAUUCAGAACACCAAGAGGGCGUCCGUCAUUUGCGAGCUUACCUUUCCUUCUGCUGUGCUCGCCGUCCGUCUGAAUAGGAAAAGGUUAGCUGUCAUACUCGAAGAGGAGAUCUAUUUGUACGACAUCGCCAACAUGAGUCUCCUCUACACCAUCACCACCUCUCCGAAUCCAAGCGCCAUCUGCGCUCUGUCGCCCUCUUCUGAGAAUUGCUAUAUUGCAUACCCUCUACCCAAGCCGCGGGAAGACACCGGAGAUCGGCGGCCUGCUCAUGCACCACCUUUGUCGACCUAUGUUCCUCCCACCUCCGGUGAGGUUCUCAUCUUCGAUACCCUCACCCUCAAGGCAGUCAAUGUCGUUGAGGCUCACAAGUCUCCCUUGUCUUGUAUCGCCCUGAAUAGCGAAGGCACGUUGCUUGCCACUGCGUCGGAAACCGGGACCAUCAUCCGCGUCUUCAGCGUACCUCGUGGGCAGAAACUCUACCAAUUUCGACGGGGCACUUACCCCUCAACCAUCUACAGCAUGUCUUUCAACCUGAGCUCGACAUUAUUAUCGCAACAGGAUCCCCGCGAAGUGAAGCCGCUGACUUGGCUGGGCCGCAAGGAAACAACGGUAGCAGCAGCAACAGCAGUGGAGGAGCCCACCAUGAUGGGCAGGAGUGUAGCAGGAGUUGUCGGGUCAUAUCUCCCGCAGACCGUUACAGAGAUGUGGGAGCCCCUGCGUGACUUUGCGUACAUCAAAAUCCCGAAAGCAAACUCCGGUCUGCCUCCUCGUAGUGGCUCCUCGGCAGGCGCAGCUGCCGGUCCAGCCUACCUAGGUGGCCCAGUGCGGAGUGUGGUGGCCAUGAGCAGCAGCAGUCCUCAGGUCAUGGUAGUCACCAGCGACGGCGGCUUCUACGUCUUCAAUAUCGACAUGGAGCAGGGGGGCGAGGGCUACUUAGUGAAGCAAUUUUCUGUCCUUGACGGCGACGACAAGCUUGAAGCUUCUGCGUAUGGCUCGUGA